AUGAAUGCAAAAAAUGUGACCACGACUGGAGACACCGACCAUCAACGGCCUGUGAACUAUGAGCGUGGCCGUCCAUUUCCCUUCUCAAUUCCCCGGACACGAUUCCAUCUGUCGGUCGCUCCGUCAACUUUGAGAGGAUCCGAGCCAGCGACCGUGCAAGCGCCGAUCCGACGCGUUGCCACUGCGCCAGCUACGCAUAGCAGGCUGGAGGAGCGCGGCGGGGCUAUACUCUCGAUGAGGCGAGUGUGUGGGAUUCUUGCCGACUGUUUUUCAAAUCAAAAAAGGUUUUUACAUAGUAAAGAAGCAAGAAAUCACAGAAAUUCAUAGAACACGUGCUUUUUUGGAAAAUUCCUCUUAAAAGCAUAAGAAAAUGGUGUUUGAUAAACUAUUCAGAAAUAAAUAAAACAGAAAUGAUGGGAAAAAAAGGACUCUUGUAAGAAAAAAAUUAGAAAAAUAUGACUUAUAAACUUUUUUUCAGCAAAAAUAUAAGGAUCCAGAAAUAUCAAAAAUUUUAAAAAAAGAAGUCAUAAAAAAAAGACUUUUCGCCUCAAGACCUACUUUGAAAAUCGUCUAUGCUCCUUUAAACGCUACAGAAAAAAACUUUUUUUAACAAAAUAAACCUUGAAAAAAAGAUUAAAAGUUUGAAUAAUUCUGAAAUUUUUUUGACAGAUGAGACAUUGGAAAAAAGGUUAGAAAUCUGAAAAAAACUUUGAAAAAUACGUGUUUAGGGUCUCAAAGUAGAACGAGUCUGGGCGACGAAUAAAAGGCGUCCCCAUAUGGUCAAAAAAAUAAGCGUCGCCCUCCGGCUCAAUGAGCAGCAUCAUCAGCUCCGCGCACCAACUUUUUUCUUUUUUUUUUUGAGCUUGGCAAAAGUUUCUCUGGCUUCUCAAAUGAACAUCUUCAAACGUCAUAGAAUAGGAAUUCAGAAAGGAAUAACCAAUUCCAGAAGCACAAAGCUAAACAUUAUAGAGUGUAUAGAAAACUGGAAGAGAUCACUUUUUUGUUGAGAAUUUUCAAUCCUUUCAACUUAGAAAAAAAAAAAAUAAGAAAUUCAGCUUUAGAUUCAAUUCAGGAUUCAAAGGUUUUGAAAAAAAAAAUGGGUACAACAAACAAAGAAAAAAUCAAAUACAAACCACUUUUCCCAGCUGAAAUUUCAUUGAAAAAUCCGGCGGUUGAAAUCCAUUCACUGAAGGAUUGGCACUAAAAAAUCUCUGUGGGUAUUUGUUUAAAAUGUGGAUAAACGAUUUCAAAGCGGGCAUAAAAAGUGAGAGAAAAGUAAACAGUGGAUAAAUCUACACAGAAAAAGACUAACAUGAAGACAUUUUUAUUUCAUAUUUAUUAUAAACAAUUAAUUUCGAACAAUAUUUAUAUUAGAAAACAAAAAAAGGAAAGAAGUAAAAAAAGAAAAAAAGAAAAAGAAUGGAAAUAUUUGAGUUUUUCGCGACAAGUGCGCGCUAUCGUAACGGCGAAAAAUUUUUUUCUAUUUUUUUUAUAAAAAUAAUUAUUAAUAAUUAUUAAUUUUUUUCCCUUUUUCUUUUUGCUUUAAGUUCAUAUUCGAGUUAGUUUUUAAGGUUUGAUGUUUGUCAGGAAAGCAAAAAAAGCUCCUAGAGUUUUAAGUUUUUUGAGCUUAUUCGUUUUUCUUUCGUUCCUGUAUCGGCUGUUUUUUUUUUGAAAUAAGUUUAAGUUCUUUCAAAUUUUUUGUUUCCCAAAACUUGAUUCGAUUCAAAGCGAAGAUGACAAACAUUUCGAAAAUUUCCCAAGAAAAGUCCCAUUCGGUUCUAUUAGUAUUCGGAAGGCUUCAAAUUCAGCUAAUUCAAUUGAACUCGAAAAAAAGAAACUGGACCACCGGAAAAAUUAUUCUUCCUUCUCUUUGAACGAGAUAUGACGGAUAAUCAUAUUUCGGGGAAGGCUAGGAAGGUUUUUCUGCCCCAAAAAAGGUUCAGUAAUUCCGUUAUUUAUUUAUUCUAGAAGAAAUUUCCGCAAAAGUAGGAGGCUUUACUGGCUUUGGAAAAAUUGAAUUUUUUUUUUCAAGGUUUAAGAUUUUAACGUUUUUUUGGAAGCAAAUUUGAUUUUCCACUGGAUUUUGAAAAUCAAGGGAUUUUCUUAAUUUCAUGCAAAAAUAACUUUCUGCAAAGAGAAAUAUAUGUUUUCUGAGGUAUUUCAGGCAGAUGUUCCAAAUUAGCGCCAUUAUUUGAGAUUGAAAAUGUGCUCUGUUGAUGAUUAGAGCAAAGUAACAAUCUCAACAACUUUUACAGGAAGAAAAAAAUGAAAAAAAUCUUCUUUUUUUAUAAAAGCUUUGUUGAUCCUCUCAUUUUCAUGCGUAAUAUGAAUAAAUGAUACAUUUAAAAAUGUGAUCAUCGAGAUUUUCUCAGAAGCAUGAAUAAUUUCAGACCCCUACACAUGUCUAGAAUAAGUGAUGCGGUGGGAUUGGAAAAAUAAUAAAAUGGAUUCAAAAAUUCGAAAAAGAAAUCAUGAAAAUUAAAGAUUUCCAUGUUGUUUCUUGAAUAAUCUUGGGUUUUUUGAAGAAGUUGGAAAUUUUGAGCUGAAGGUGAAUGUACUACGUGGGAGGGGAUAAUCAGAGGCAAAAAACGGCUACCGUAAUCCAAUAAUUCCAGUUGAGAGCACACAACUAUUGGAUCAGACGCAAUCAGUGAAAAUUUGCCUAAAAACAAACAUGUUCCAAUAAGGAAGGUUCAGGUUCCUAAAACAAAAGAGUGCCCGCGACAAAUUUCGACAAUAAACGCUUUGACAGAAGUUGGUCGCAUGUGGAAUGGCUCGAAGUGUCGCGGUUGCGGAUGAAAUUCAGCCCGAUUUCCCCGAACUUUGUGGUGCCUUGCGUUGGGGAUAAAGACACCGAAACUAUUUAUAAAUAUAUUUUCAGUUCAAUCUCAUCUUCCUGGUAAAGCUUCGAUAUGUUAUUUAGAAAAUCAAAAAUUUCACACUUUUCCAAGAACUUUUUUCUUUUUCGGGUAGAAAAUCGAAGAAAAAUUAAUUCCUUGCGAAUUUGAGAAAUCCCUGCCUCUUUAAACCUCUUCUGUUACAGAGAAUGAUUUUCAACCGAGAAAAAACGUUUUGAAAAAGGUAACCUUGUUAAAACCUGAGGAUCAACUGUAUUGGUCGAUUCUUCGAACGAAUUGAGCGAAAAACGUUUUUUCAUCCAGGUUCUAAUUUCUGAUUUCCGAAGAAAACAGUUAUUUUAUUAAGGAGAAAGCGUACGAAUAAUCUCUCCAAAGCUUUUUCAACUGAGAGCCUUUUCCAAUAACGCUCAACUAUAGCCCGUUCACGGCUGGCUUGGGACAGCAAACGGGCAGCUCAUUUUCGCGACGAAGGUGGAUCAUGGCGACUAUCCCUGCGCCUUCCAUAAAAGCCCCGUUUUAUGUCUUAUUUUUUUUUCUCUUAUAAUUAGUCGCUUUGAAGAAAAAAUCGUGAACGGGUUAAAUCUUUUUCGGAAUUUUAUAAACUUUUGAGUUUUAUACAACUCAAAUCAUGACUUUUACAACCGACAACAUUUGACCAUUUGAUGGAUAAACAUCAUCAUUCGGAAAAAAAAAGUAGCUACAAAGUGUUCUCUAAAUCCUGUUUGGGAGCGAAAUAAAGUCGCUUUCUGUAAAGUUUUGAAGUCACCAAUUUUUCAAUCUCUUCAAAUGGAAGUUUAUUAAUCUUAAUAAAACUCAUCAAUAGAAAAAACUAAUUAUCUGAAUUCAUUUCGACACACCACCCUUAUAAUAGGAAUAAAUUCAUUCUAGCAGUUCCAUCACUCAUAACUUUCUUUUAUUGUGUAGGGCCUCAGCAGUACUUCUCUCUUUUCCACGUUCAUAUUUCUUUUUGACCCCCGGGGAGGUCUGGGCCGUGCCCUGCAGCAGUGCAACGCUGGGACGACCCUUGAGCGGUCGGAGCAAGCUCCGGAUCCACUCUCGGUUGCAAAAAUAAGUUAACCUAUAUUGUACUCAUUCGAGCACAUACCGUAGGUUAAUACGAUAAGAACAGAUACUACACUUUGAUCUUAGCCAAUAGGCCGAGAAGCGAUACUGAACAAUGGAAACGAGUCCUUCUUACGAUGCUGCGUGUCCCGACGCCAACCGACUUGCUCGUUUCGGCGAGAACAGCGAUGUCGGGAUGA